GAUAAAAUGAUGUUUACACCUACACCGAUGACCGACUUUAAAAAUUGAUUCAGUAAUGGCUUUUUCCUGAUUUUCUGUGAUUUUACUAUAAAGAUUCAAUAAGUUAAUAUUUAAUUUCUUUUUCUAAUGAUGAUCCUCUCUCUAUCAACAAUGCCUACAAGCUUUUAAAUCUGCUAUCUUUUCUAACUCAAACCCUUCUUAUUAAUCCUACUCCCCAUAUCCAGUUUUGCCCUACAGACUUUAAUCACUAUAGAUUUAAGUUAACUUUGUCGACUAUGGCUGCUGCUACGAAGCUUCAACUGUCCUUGGAGGAAAGCAGAAUUCGAGGUUCAGAUUUAGGCAUGUGUCCUGAUCGGGUGAAGCCUCUGGCUUGGGCACCUAUGAAAGGAAAAUACCGACGAAAUUGUUGUGGUUGAUGUGGACACAGCAGCCGCACUCAUCAUGGACAUGUUUUCUCUUCAAUAGGUUGUUUUUGUUUUAUGCCAAUCAAACAUCUUUCUCUUCUAGGCCCUUUGGUGUUCUUUUCAACUUUUAAGACUUAGGGAUGGUUAUAUGUGAUUGAAAUAGAAGAUGCAUUGACCAUUUUUGGCAUAGGUUUGCCAAGGAAGCAAAAAACUGGUUAUUAUUUAAUAUAUACUCUUGGGAAAUAUCAUUCGUGCUAAUGAAAGCAUGAAUGUGACAAUUAUCACCAAAAUAGUGGGACUUUUAGCAGUUACUUUGCAAAUUUUUGUAUCCCAUUUAGCUUUUUCAAGCAUGCAAGAAGCUCUGGGGUAACAAUAGCCAUGUUUAAGUGUGAGUUUAAGUUCAAUUCCAAAAAAAUGAAAGAAUAAAGGAAAAAAAAAGUGUUUACUUUGGCCAAAGAAACACCAGGAAAACCUAUUAACAGUUUUAAUUAUGAUGAAAUGCUGUUCAUCAAUGAAUUAACGUAAGAUAAAACUUUAUAUCUCAUCAAGGAACAAGAUGAUGUGGUGUGGUGCUUUUAACUUCCUUCAAAGUUCCUUCUCUCUCUCUCUCUCUUAUCAACUUCUGCCUAGUUGCAAAUUGAAACAGAGGAAAUGAAUGGAAUUUAUCACUUUUGUCUUUUACUUCACUUUUGAUUUCUAUAUAUUUCAUGGAAAACUUUGCCUUAAGGAAAUAUGUUUAUCAUUAUUAUUAUUAUCAGUGCUUUUACAAUCUCACGUUCAUAAUUUCACUACCUUGUGUCUCCAAUUAAUUAUUGACUUCUUAUUACAGUUUUUUUAUGAUUGUUACUAAUUUCAUUUGAGAUGUUUUUUUCCCUUUCCUUUUUUUUUUCUUAAUGGAAUACUUACCAUGUAUUAUCAAGGUGAGAGAUGUUAAAAGUGAAAAGAUUUAUUGGGAUAUUAUAAUCUUUGCUUCCUUUUUUUGCUGCAAUAGCAACAAUGAAUACCUAAAAAGGAAAAUAACAAAUCAAUUUACAGUCAUAUUUCUUAUCACUCUUUAUAGGUACAAAAUCUCUGUAAUCAGUUGUGACAAUGAGCAAGUCACAAUACAUUAUGUGUUUUUGCAUUUGCUUAAUAGUUGAAGCAAAAACUUUUAUCCUUUCUAUUCUCUUGAAUGGUGAUGGAUUACUGAUGAUGAUAAUGAUGUUGAUUUCAUUUCUGAUGGUGAUAAUGGAACUAGUUUCUUGAUUUUGAUCCUUCUAAUUUCAGAGUGAUAUCACAAUCGGUUGUGAUGAGAAUUGUUUGUAUUAGUAUGUUUUUUUCUCUUGAUCAGUUGCUUGUAAAUUAUUAUCACUGUGUCUCUGUUUCAGCUUGAUUUGCUUGUAUCGACUGAAGUCUAGGAGAUCAAAUGGCAUUAAUUAGGCUGUAAGAGGAGUCAUCUCUUUUUACCACACUUGCAGACAAGCUACUCAAUUUGCUUGAAAAGUAAAUAUGGAAGUUGUUUUGUUGGUCCAUUGGUUUUUACCAUAUGCCCGUAUCCCCUUGAAAAUCCAAUGGUUCUCUAUCAUCUUAUCAAACAUGGUACGUUACAGAUUUCCAUUCAUGGAACACGUGGAAAGAACGGAAACACGCGGCUUUAGAAAUAUUUUUACUCUGAGAAUCGCCUUUUAAGUACUUUUUCCUUAUAAAAAACCAAGGUCUGAACUAUUUCUCUCAAAGAAGAAAAAGGGGGAUUCUUGUAAGCACUCUUGAGAAAUCAUCAUUUUCCCUAUGGCAGACAAGGAUUCUUCAAGGCCAAUUCCUGAUCGCUGGAUGCUGGUUGUUAAGGAGCAGAAGGAUGGAUCUAGUCUUUCGUACUACACAUGUCCUGAGAGUGGGCAAAAGUUCAACACCUAUGAAGAUCUCAUGCGAUAUGUGAACUAUGCAAAAGCAGCUAAGCUUUCCAUCUACUCUCCUGAUUUCUGUCCCCGGAAACCUCCCCGCAAACCAAAGAAAAAAGCUAGCACACCUGAAGUAGCUCAGAAUGUAGCCGAGAAGGACAAGGACUCGGACUCAGACUCGGAUUCAAGCGAUUCAACAUUCGAGUUGCCUCCCAUUGCUUCGCUCGAGUUUCUAGAUGAGUGGAGUUCAGCAGAGUCUGAUAAGCAAUCUGCUUCGGGAAAAAAGAAGUUAGAGAAGAACCAUGCUUCAAGUGAAGGUUGCAGCAGUGGUAACAUGGGAAAGGCUAAGAAACAGAAGAAGUAAAUGAGUAGAAGAUGGUGCGGGUGCGGUUGCAGGUGUAGUUGAUCAGCAAGUUUAUGUUCUGCCUUUCUCUUAUUUUGCAAUGGUGUGGUUUUAUUUAGGGUUUGAAUGAGUUGAAACAAAACUAAGAACAAUAGAUAUUUUCUUUUUCUAGUGUGGACUGAAUGACGUACUUUUAAGGCUGAUCAAUUGGAAAUAAUUUACUUUACUAA